AUUUUUCAUCCGGUUCGUUUUAUCCAUCGACGUUUCCGAUCUUUGCCCAUUGCAUUGAUGUUGUGAUAUCUUCUGUGGGCAGGAGCUUAUUUAAAAUGUCUAGGGCACAAGCUGAAAGUGUCAUCAAGAAUAUUAUACGCGAAAUUGCUCAAGAAUGCGCCAGUAAAGGGCAGGCGGUUUCAGAGACUCUUGUAGCGUUUAUGGUCAAAGCAGUUGUUUUAGAUCCUGAUAAUGAAUUUAACGUGGACAGAACUUUGACCAAAGAUGACGUACAGAAACUUAUCAUGCUUUGUGUGGACAGAUUGCUGGACUCACAGUCUCCUUCGUUGGAUACAGUCAAGAUGCAGGUGUAUUUCGAUAUGAAUUACACCAGCCGAGCUGAUUUCCUGGAAGAACAUAGAAGAGUACUUGAUCAGCGACUCCAACCAGUCAUCAGAGAGAUAACAGACAGUCGAGCCAGGACAAGAGAUGAACUGGAGGGUCUCUACAGAAGAAUAGUGUCUUGUGUAUUGUUGCGGUCUGGGCUUGGUUCACCUACAGACAUUGCUGUUGUUAGGGAAGCCACAGCUGCCUUGCAAAGUGUAUUCCCUCAAACGGAGCUGGGAACCUUCAUGUCUCUAACAAAGCGUGAUAAGGAAAGACAGCUAAAUGAGUUGACAUUGAUUGUGACGGGAAUCCGACUUUUUAAUCGUGAGUGAGGCAAAGGAGGAGAAGGAAUUGAUGACUUACCUGCCAUACUGAGUGAAGCUGUUCCUGCCACAACACAGAAUGUGCAAACAGAGAUUAAAAAUACAACCAAGCUGGCCUUUACAUAUACAGCAUUAAUCGAGGAUGUUGUUAUCAACAAAAAGUCUCUUGAAGGACUGUCUUUAAACUUGAUUAAAGAAGCUUUGAUCAACACACGCCAGCAUGAAGCAUUUCUAUCCAUAUUGUUGAAUGAUGUUAUUGGCUGUGCCCAGCAAGUAGAAGCCCUUGAAUCUCAGUUUGCGGCAAGAAUGGAAACCUUGAAGAACACAGUGCAGUCGAAAACAGCUGUACCAACGGCACAAGUUUAUCCCCAGUUUAUUACAUUAGCUCACUUGUGGACAGGAUUUCAGGAUGAAAUGGUUCUUCUGAGUGUUCUUAGCAAUAUUCUAGCGAGUUUGGAGCCAUUCACUAAGAUACACAAGGAAGUGUUCACAGAAGAUGCUCUGCAGCCGUACACGGAUGGAUUAGAGAUCAAAACAGAUGAUCAGAGGCUUGCAGAUACCUCCUCAGACGAUGACAGAAUUAACAGCAAGGAAAUAGGCAAUCCUAAGAUUGAGCUACUGUUUCACGAAACCACGAAAAACUUUGACAGGCUGCCAAUACAAUACCGUGGUUUCUGUGGAUGGUCUCUAGUUGUGUAUGACCGUUUACUUGUUCCGUCCAACCCGGCUAAUGGCGUGCUACGUUACAAGGAUAAUUACUACGCGUUCUCGGACAAACAGGCUGCUUAUGAGUUUGCUAAUGCGCCUGACAGUUACAUUAAUGGCGUCGCUGAAGCCGCUAAGAAAUCACCCGAGCUCAUUCAGCUGCUCGAGCUUCAUACACAGUUUGCCUCCAUUACACCUUACGCGCAGGGUAAGGAACCUGGUCGAAUGAUUGAAGUUCCUGUCACUAAGUGCGAUAGUGGAACACAGACAGACACACAUUUCAUGGAGUCAAACAUUGUCAAGUCGUACGAGUGGAAUGAAUGGGAGCUUAGGCGAAAAGCACUUAAAUUGGCAAAUCUUCGCACCAGGCUCACGCAUUCAGUGCAGACGAACUUGAGUAACUUCAGGAGAGACAAUGACUCCCAAGUGUACCUCCCUAAGGACGCAGAUACACAAACAAAGCGCGAAUCAUCGACCAAUGUUCCUAAGCCGUCCACGUUCGUGGCUGGCUUGCGAGGCUGCAACUCAACCAAGACCACCAUGAACGUAGUGGACCUUACCGUAGAUGUGGAUCAAACUUGAGACAUUUUGUGUAUCAUACAUGACCUUAAAAGGUGUAAAUAACGUUUACGCCGUAAAAAUGUCAGUGUUGUAUUUUGUACAAAUUAAAUGAUUGUAUUAGCAGUUGAACUUUUUAUUAAAGUGUCGAAAACUUUUUUGCCA